AUGGCCAGUCUUGUUCUUAACGAGACUGGGAUGGAGAACUGUGGCAUUGAUGACUCCUUCAAGUACAACCUGUAUGGUGUGGUGUACAGUGUUGCAUUUGUUCUGGGACUGGUCACCAACUGUGCUUCGCUGUUUGUCUUCUGCUGUCGCAUUAAAAUGCGUAACGAGACCACGCUUUUCAUGACAAAUCUAGCUUUAUCAGACUUAGUGUUUGUGUUUACUCUUCCUUUUAAGAUCUUUUAUAACGUGAAUCGCCACUGGCCAUUCGGUGAUACGUUGUGCAAGAUCUCUGGAGGAGCCUUCAUCACCAAUAUCUACGGCAGUAUGCUGUUCCUGACAUGCAUCAGUGUGGAUCGCUUCCUAGCUAUCGUUUACCCCUUCCGUUCACUCGCCAUCCGCAACCGUCGCAAUGCUGGUAUCGUGUGCGGUAUCAUCUGGUUGUUGAUACUCGGUGGAGGCAUGUCAGUCACAUUUUUCUCUUCCACCAACCAGUCCAAAACUAGCACCACCUGCUUCGAGGGUUUCUCCAAGAAGACAUGGAAGACGUAUUUGUCAAAGAUCACUAUCUUCAUUGAAGUGGUGGGUUUCCUCAUUCCAUUGAUGAUCAAUCUAGCCUGCUCUUCCAUGGUGCUAAGGACCUUACGUAGACCUGCUACCCUGUGUCAGCCUGGAACCAACAAGAAGCGUGUUCUGCGCAUGAUUGUAGUUCAUUUGGCCAUUUUUAUUGUCUGCUUUGUACCUUACAAUUCUGUUCUAUUAAUCUAUUCCAUGGUGCGCAUUCGAGCACUCGUGAGCUGCUGGGUGGAGAGGCUUGCACGAACCCUGUAUCCCAUAACACUUUGCAUUGCAACCUUCAACUGCUGCUUUGACCCGGUAGUCUAUUACUUUACCUCUGAGUCCUUUCAGAAAUCACUGACCACUGGGAAGUGUCAGGCCGUGCAGGAAAACAUGCUGCAGAGUGAAUGCCCUGUAUCUAGCAAGGAGAAUCCUGACACACACGCAGUUGAGCUCCACAUACUGACCAGCAAUGGAAAAGAUCAAGCCAGUGAGACCCAGUUCUGA